AUGGCUUCCACCACAAAAACUGUAGCCUUCUUUGGUGCUAGCACUGGCGUCGGGUUUUCAGCACUCAAGCACAGUUUGGCAGCGGGUCUCCAAUGCACCGCGCUUUGCCGAACCCCUUCAAAGCUUGAAAGCAUAUUCCCAGCAGACUCUACGCCGAAUCUCACGAUUAUAAAGGGCGACGCUCAUGAUAUCACGGCGGUCUCUCAAUGCAUUCGCGCCGAGGACGGGAAACUCGUCGACAUGAUCAUCACCACCAUCGGUAGUCGUCCAAUCUGGUACAAAAUGAGUAUCGAAGACCCGGAGUGCUGCAGAAAAGGCGCGGCCAUCUUGAUCGAAGCAAUCGCUCAACUACGAAGCCAGGGGGUGACUGGCAACCCCCACAUUGUGUCUUUUAGCACCACGGGCCUGUCCCGGUUCGGUCGUGACUAUCCCAUAGCCCUCUUCCCGAUCUACGCUUGGUUACUCCACGCCGCCCAUGCCGACAAGAGGAUCAUGGAAGAUCGCUUCGUCGCGAGCGGUGAGGGCUUUACGAUUAUUCGGGGAAGCCUUUUAAAUGAUGGCGAGACAACAAAAACAGUUCGGGUGGGCAUCGAAGAUCCCAAGACUGGGCGGGAAUCGACUGCUAUCGGAUAUUUCAUUUCCAGAGAGGACGCCGGGCGGUGGAUUGCGGAGAACCUCAUUCUGCAGAAGACCGAGGGGUAUAAGAACAAGAUUUUGAUGAUCACCACUUGA